GCAAAAUAAUAGUUUUAAAAACGAAAUAUAUUAUUUUAUUCCUAUGAACUCCAAUUUCGGGUUCAUUGAUGGAAGAGCACAUUUCUUCCGGGUUCAUUACUAUUCACGGUCCCACUAAAAAAUAAUAAAAAAUUUUAAUGAACCCCAAAGGGAGGUUUAUUAAUGUGGUUGCUCUAAUAUUUAAUACCUAGUAAGGGGUUUAUGAAGGGCUUUGACACCUCUGUAGUCUUCUUCCGUCUUCAGACACUAUCCGUACGGUUUCUUGUCUCUCAGGGCAAAUACCUAACCCUAAUUUCCCGAUCAUGCUGAAGCUCCUCUCUUCAACCGCUCUAGUGAAUCCGUCUUCUCGGGUCGGGUCAAUUCCGGUCAAGACUCCACUCUUCAAAGCACUGAGUCAGCUAACCGGAUGGAACCGGACUCCCCACGAGUUGACUCGUCGUGCUUUCUGCUCUAACCAAAGUGACGUCGCGGCCGAUCUCAAGUCAGAUGUGUCGGAUUCCGACAAGAAAUCGUCCUCAGCGGUUGUUGUCUCAACGACCACCAACCUUGACGAUUAUCAAACGGUUAUAGCAUUGCCAUUGCCCAAGAAGCCUCUUUUUCCUGGCUUUUACAUGCCCAUCUAUGUCAAGGAUCGUAAAUUAAUUGAAGCUUUACAAGAGAGCAUGAGGAGACAAACUCCAUACGCAGGGGCUUUCCUUUUGAAGGAUGAUGAAGCUUCAGCUGAUUCAUCUACUUCUUCUACCUGUGAAACAGAGAAUGUUCUAGAGAGUUUGAAAGGCAAAGACUUGCUUAACCGUAUGCAUGAAGUUGGUACACUUGCUCAGAUUUCAAGUAUCCAAGGUGAGCAAGUCAUCCUUAUUGGUCGCAGACGUCUUCGUAUAACAGAGAUGGUGAGUGAAGAUCCUUUAUCCGUCAAAGUUGAACAUAUAAAGAAUAAGCCAUAUGACAAGGACGAUGAUGUCAUCAAGGCAACAUACUUUGAAGUUAUGUCGACACUUAGGGAUGUCUUAAAGACAACUUCACUCUGGAGAGAUCAAGUUCGGACAUAUACUCAGCAUAUAGGUGACUUCAAUUAUCAACAUUUAGCUGAUUUUGGAGCCGGGAUCUCUGGCGCUAACAAAAAUGAUAAUCAAGGAGUUCUUGAAGAACUGGAUGUUCAUAAACGUCUGGAGUUGACGCUAGAUUUGUUGAAGAAAGAAGUGGAAGUUAACAAGAUUCAGGCAUCCAUCGCAAAAAUUGUUGAAGAAAAAUUUAGUGGUGAGAGACGACAACUUGUGCUAAAGGAGCAGCUAAAGGCUAUCAAAAAGGAGCUUGGGGUUGAGACAGAUAGCAAAACUGCAUUUUCUGAAAAGUUUAAGGAAAGGAUCAAACUUAAUAAAGACAAAAUACCAAAACAUGUGUUAAAAGCCAUAGAAGAAGAGCUUACAAAACUGCAGCUCUUUGAAACAGCUUCAAGCGAGUUUGAUGUUACCGUUAACUACCUUGAUUGGUUGACUGUUCUGCCAUGGGGAAACCUCAGUGAUGAGAAUUUUGAUGUCUUAAGAGCAGAGAAGAUUCUUGACGAGGAUCAUUACGGUUUAUCUGAUGUAAAAGAAAGAAUACUAGAGUUUAUUGCCGUUGGAAGUCUAAGAGGCACUUCACAAGGUCGGAAGAUCAUAUGUCUCUCGGGUCCUCCUGGAGUAGGAAAAACUAGCAUAGGACGUUCUAUAGCACGUGCUCUUGACCGCAAGUUCUUCCGGUUCUCUGUUGGUGGACUAUCUGAUGUUGCCGAAAUUAAUGGGCAUCGUCGAACAUAUGUUGGUGCCAUGCCUGGGAAGUUGGUGCAAUGUCUAAAGACUGUGGGAACAGAGAAUCCUAUCAUUCUGAUUGAUGAGAUUGAUAAGCUUGGAAAGAGCAACUCUGGUGACCCAGCUAGUGCGUUGUUGGAGGUUAUGGAUCCAGAGCAAAAUGCAAAUUUUAGAGACCACUAUCUAGAUGUUACUAUUGAUUUAUCCAAGGUCUUAUUUGUAUGCACAGCAAAUGUGAUAGAUACGAUUCCGAAACCUCUGCUAGAUAGGAUGGAAGUGAUUAGUCUCGCAGGGUAUAUCACUGAUGAGAAGUUGCAUAUUGCUAGAGACUUUUUGGUUAAAAACACAUGCAGAGACUGUGGCAUCGAGCCUGAACAGGUUGAUUUGAGCGAUUCAGCUCUUCUUUCGUUGAUAGAAAAUUACUGCAGAGAAGCUGGAGUUAGAAACCUCCACAAGCAUAUUGAGAAGAUUUACCGUAAGAUUGCACUUAAACUAGUACGCCAAAGAGCAUCCAAGGAAGUGCCUGAAGAUACUAAACCUUUAGCAGAAGGAUCCACUGAUGAGUCAGCAACUAAGGAGUCAACAGAUUCAAAGACUGAGCAGAGUGGAGUGGUUAUGAUUGAGGAAUCAAACCUUGCUGAUUACGUAGGCAAACCUGUUUUCCAUGGAGACAAGAUCUAUGAACAGACACCAGUAGGUGUUGUAAUGGGUCUAGCUUGGACAUCCAUGGGUGGAUCAACACUCUACAUAGAGACAACCUUUGUGGAAGAAGAAGAACGCAAAGGCCGUCUUCGUAUAACAGGCCAGCUCGGAGACGUGAUGAAAGAAAGCGCACAGAUAGCUCACACAGUCGCCAGAAGAGUCAUGCUUGAGAAAGAACCAGGGAAUCUCUUCUUUGCAAACACCAAGGUUCAUCUACAUGUUCCUGAAGGAGCCACACCAAAAGACGGUCCAAGCGCAGGCUGCACAAUGAUCACUUCCUUGCUAUCACUUGCAAUGAAGAAGACUGUAAGGAAGGAUCUUGCAAUGACAGGAGAGGUCACUUUAACCGGUAGAAUACUUCCAAUAGGUGGAGUUAAGGAGAAGACUAUAGCUGCGAGAAGGAGUCAAGUGAAGAUGAUAAUCUUUCCAGAGGCUAACCGUAAAGAUUUUGAUGAGCUUCCAGAAAACUUGAAAGAAGGGCUUGAUGUUCACUUUGUGGAUGAAUAUGAACAGAUUUUCGAGCUAGCAUUUGGAUAUGACCAUUAG